GUCAACUCGGAACUGGGGAGUCACGUGGGACGGGGGGGCGGUUAGAGCAAAGGAUGCUGGGAAGUGGCGCAGGGGAGCAGUGGGCUGCCCUGUCUGGUCCCCCCAACUCGCUCCUCCUCCUCCUCCCUGCCCUCCUGGUUGCCCCCGCCCUAACUGUGCCCUCCUCCUCCACCUCCCUGCCCUCCUGGCUUCCCCCGCCCCCGGGGGUGGGCGAGAGGGCGAGGCCCAGCUCCCUGCCCGCCUGGCCCGGGCUGCGAUGAAGCCCCAGGCGCCCGGCCCUCCCUGCCAACGCCAGCCCGAGGCGACGGACCGGAUCAGGCGUCGGAGGUCCAAACGGGAGCGGGACCGGCGGCGCUUCGGUGGCUGCGCGGGCGGCGUCGGCAGGGUCACCUUCCCGGGCAGCCAGCGGCCUGCCCCGCCCCUGGCCGGGCCCUCCCUCGAGCGGCCCGCCGCCCCGCUGGGGGUUGUCAUCACGCGGCAGAGGCUGAGCCGGGAUCACCGGGGCCUCUUCAACCGAGAGGUCAAGUCCGUCUCGGUGGAGCGGCUCCUGGGGUCCGGGGAAGGUGGAGGCCGGACUUGCCAGGGGGCCGGGGCUGCUCCCGACGAGGGCCCGCCGCUUCCCGGCCCCACGCCGCCUCUGCCGGGAUGGCGGCAGCUCCAGGGACGGCGGACUAAAGCAGAUGUGGCCCCGGGAGGGUCCGGGCCGGGGCCCUCCAGCCCUCUCCGGCCCCCGCAUGUCGGGGAGCUGCUCGGGGAGCUCCGGGGUCAGCUGCCCUUGCCGGAGGCCUUUCCCGGGCGCGACCUGGUGCAGGAAGCUCGAGGGGUCAUCAUGGGAGCCUUGCUGGCCCAGCACGGGAGGCUGCCUGACCUCGCCCAAGUCCUGAGGGGGUCCCAGGAACAGGCGGCGGGGCCCGAGAGGGAGAGCCACGGGGAAUGGAGGCAGCCCGGAUGGGAGAGUCCCGCGCCGCCGCCCCCAAGGGAGACGAGGAGGGCAGAAGAGCUGCCCCUUCUUCUUGGCCCCAGUCCCGGCCCCCUUCUCACGGAGAGGAUGGACGGGAGCCUGGAGCUGCCCCCCUCCCCCCAGCCGCCCUCUCCUUUCUUCUCCUCGGCCCAGCCGGAGCGGUGCGGGCCCUGGUGGGGGGAGGCGGCGGCUCCCGCCCCGACAGCCUUCGACAUGCUGAAGAGCAUCUGGUUGCAGCCGUCGCCCCCGCCGCCCCCGGAUCCUCCCCCCCGGGACCCCCCGCCCCUCGAGCCCCCCUGGCAGUGGGGCCCUCGGGCCCCCAUCCCCCUCUCCUGCUUCCCGCCCUCGGCCGCCCUGGACUGGAGCCCCGGCCCCCUGGCCCCCCGCCUGCUGGGCCGGACCAGCCCCGAGCCCUGGACCUUCCCGCGCAUGAAGCUCUACUAGCAGCAGGGGUCCGGGGGGGACGAAAGACAGGGUACCCCGGGAGGC